GAGGAAAAAUAAUUUUCUACAUACCGUCCAUAGACUUUUGAAAAUAUAUUUUUAUAAAUUUUUAAAUAAAACCGUUACACUAAGUCACGAUUUAAUUUAAAAUAAAAAUUAUACGCAACUAAAACCGUUAGUCCAAGUCACAGUUUCCUUUUUAUUGCAAAAAUAUUCAAAUAGAACCGCUACAUGGAGUAACGCUUUAGUCUGUUUUCAAAACAGGCCAGCUACUCGAAAAUUUUCAUUCUUCCUCUUGUUCCUUCCUGAUUUCGACCUUCAACUUACAAAAAAAACUUUCACAAUUCCAAAAUUACAACAAUCCAACAAUAAAAGUCAAGAAUUAUUAUAUUUGCUUGUUUCUUCACCUAAUCACUAGGUAAGUUCAUUUAUUUCAAUUUUUUUCUCAAAUUGUUUGUUGUAGCUUUUUAGGGUUUGGUUUAGUUUGGUUAUAAUUUGAUGAUAUGUAGUUGUUAAUUACACUUAUUAUACAUAUACAUUGACAUGAUAUCAUGAUUUUCAUGUCAUAAGUUUAGUUUAGCCAUUAUUAAGCUAUUGAUUAUAUGAGUUAGUAGGAUGCACAUAAUGUGCUCGAUGAAAUGCUCCUAUGAAAUUAUAUUACAUUUUGUCAUAUUUUAUGUAGAAAAUGGAGUAUUAUCCAGUUGUUGUGUAUUUGAAUGGGUAAUUUUUUCAUAAUGGUGGUGAUGUGGUGUACAAUGGGGGUUCUAAUUCCGUUGUGAUUCUUAACCAUGAUAUGACCUUUGAGUACAUGUUUGGAAUAUAUUUUGCAAAAGAAACGGAAAGGAAAUAGAAAAGGUUGGGAAAGGAAUGGUUUUUAACCAAUUCCCUUUCUUCACUAAAAUUGUUUGGUAAAAGCCUCAAAUGGAAUCUUUUUAAUAAAUUCUCAAUCAAAAUCAAAAAAGUUUUUAUCAGACAUCCUGUUACUUUGUGCUGAGACAUAUGAGAUUUUUCAUGCCAUGAGUCUGGUCCAGGGAGAUAACUACACUGGUCAGAUUCUAGGUGAUUACAUGUCGUGGUAUAGGAGGAUCACGAGGUUGCGCAUCACGAACCCUACAUCAGCACAGCCAGCAUCACAUCACCAUUCCACUGCCACUAUAUUGGCUGAGAGGAUGAGAGGGGUCCUUUUAGAGUGUUCUAGCAUGAUGCACGGGGCCUCUGUUUUGCCUGCUGAUAUGGGGUACCAGUUGUGUACUCAGACCCUCGGUUCUAUCUCUACUUCGCUGACUGAAGUGUUGGGUCAGACGGGUUACGGCUAUCUCAUCUCGACUCCUCCGGCACAUGAUGAGACGAUCCAGACUUCUCGGGGUGGUACUAGAGGUCGGAGACAGCGAGGUAGCUCAUCGACGGGGUCGAGUAGAGGUCGUUCGAGAGGUUUAGGGUGUUCUAUUUCCCGUGGUUAGACUUCAGGUUCUCCAUCACCGUCAGGUGUGUUGUUGCCAUUUGUGGCCCCGGGAUUCAUUUCCACUCCAUCACAUCCAUCACCACCCAUCCAGGUUCAGGAAUAUCGGCACCGUACACCUACUCUUGAUGACAUCCCCGAGGUUGAUGAGUCCACACCGACCUCAUCUACUGGUUGCAAACGAGGUCGAGGACUUUAGAUUACUUCACUUAGGAGUAUGAUGUCUCUUGUACAUAUUGGACUUGUAUCAUUUUGGUGAUUGCGUUGUAAUAUAUAUAUGGGUGUUUUCUUUGAUAAUCUCUUAAUUUAAUUUAUAUCUUCUAUUAUUCCGA